CCUCAACCCUUUGUUGCGCCACAUGUUGUAGCCCCUGUCACGUCAGCAUGGCCAACUGUGACUGCAAGCGGUAUCAAGUCUACAACGACAAAUUCAACGACAUCCUAGGCGGCCGCGCAGACCUCCAGCUAGCCCACCAAGAAGACUUCCCCUUCGCGCACGAAGCCGGCGUAUACCUCCCAAAAAGCGACACCUUAUACGUAACCAGCAACCAAAUCAUGCCACCCACAGGACAAGAAAAAACAAUCAUCAUCAGCAAACUAACGCGAAACCUCUACAACCAAUGGACCCGACACCAAAUCCCCCACGAAAUCCGCAACCCAAGCAGCGGCGCGCACUACAACGACGGCCUCCUCGACGGCAUCCUCUUCUGCUCACAAGGCGACCUCGACAGCCCCGCCGCCCUCGUCCAGCUCGAGACAGAAUACCCCUUCCGCCUACGCCCCCUGCUGAACAGCUUCUUCGGCCGGCGCUUCAACUCGCUCAAAGACAUCGCCGUCCACUCCGACGGCACAAUCUGGUUCACAGACCCCGUCUACGGCCACGAUCAGGGCAUCCGGCCCGCCCCCGAACUGCCAAACCAGCUCUACAGAUUCGACCCGCACACGGGCGACGUGCGCGUUAUGGCUGAUGGCUUCGGGCGGCCGAGCGGUAUAUGUUUCUCGCCGCUCGAGACGGUGUGCUAUGUUUCUGAUACGGACUUUAUCCAUGGGGAUGGCAAUAUCGACUUCUCGAGAGUGUCUACCAUAUACGCCUACGAUAUCGACCACCGCAGCCAAUCCGCCUUCCUAACCAACCGCCGCGUCUUCGCCAUGGCCGACGUCGGCGUGCCCGACGGCCUCAAGUGCGACGCUGCCGGCAAUGUGUAUGCGGGCUGCGGCGACGGCCUGAGCGUGUGGAGCCCCGGUGGCGUGCUGCUGGGCAAGGUGCUUGUGCCCGGCGGGCUGGCGAACUUUUCCUUCGGCAGGAAGGGCGAGCUGUUUUUGCUUAAUGGGAAGAAGUUUUGGCUGUUGAGUGUUGCGGAGACGGUUAGGGGGGCGUUGGGGGAGGGCGCGGGCGCAAGGGGGAGGGGCGGGGAUAGAGAGUAG